CUAAAUCACAAAAGGGAGAAGAGGAACACAAACACAAAGAGAGAGAGAGAGUGAUAGAUCGGAGAUGCCGAAGCUGGUUGAGAAGACGGGAAGCCGACCACCGUGGGUGGGUUUAGCCGCCGCCGCGUGGGUUCAGAUGUCGGCGGGAAACGGUUCAACUUUCCCUCUUUACUCCGCCGCACUCAAAUCAGUUCUAGGGUUUAACCAGCAACAGAUCACGAUCCUCGGCGUCGCUUGUGAUCUCGGAGAGAACUUUGGUCUACUUCCUGGAUACGCAAGCAACAAGCUUGCUCCUUGGGCGAUGCUUCUCCUCGGUGUCUCCUCCUGUUUCCUCGGUUACGGCGUCCUCUGGCUCUCCGUUAGCCAAAUCGUUCACGGCUUGUCUUUCUGGCUGCUAUUCGUUGCUCUGUUUUUCGCCACAAAUAGCACAUCAUGGUUCGGGACAGCAUCUCUGGUGACCAAUAUGAGGAACUUUCCUAUGAGCAGAGGCCCUGUGGCUGGACUUCUCAAAGGAUACAUUGGGAUCAGUGGUGCAGCAUUCACCGUCUUGUUCAGCGUCUUGCUUCACCAUUCAGCUUCGAACUUGCUUCUGUUUCUCACUGUUGGUAUUCCGCUUAUAUGCUUAGCUGUCAUGUAUUUUAUCCGCCCUUGUAUUCCAGCUACUGGUGAAGACCCUUCUGAGCCCAUGUAUUUCGCUUUUCUCCUCGGUACAAGUAUCCUUCUCGCUGCUUAUCUCGUUGUGACGACUGUAGUUAGUGAGGUGUAUACACUGCCAAGCGUGCUUAGAUACGCUCUUGUGGCUGUCAUGGUUUUGUUCUUGUUCUCGCCUCUUGCGGUUCCCAUCAAGAUGACACUGUUCCGUUCGAAUGCUAAGAGCUCUUCAGACAAUCUAGCUAAAGAGGAAGGUGAGUCAACACAGGAAGAGCCACUGCUGAUAACUUCUACAUCAGAUUCAUUCAUCGGGUCUCUCUUCGAAGGAGAUGAUGAUAUGGAGAUACUUUUGGCUGAGGGAGAAGGUGCGGUUAAGAAGAAGAGGAAGCCUAGGAGAGGUGAGGAUUUCAAGAUUGGUCAAAUCUUUGUCAAGGCAGAUUUUUGGCUGCUUUGGUUUGCCUAUUUCCUUGGUAUGGGUUCAGGUGUUACUGUCUCAAACAACUUGGCACAGAUUGGAUUUGCUUUUGGUAUUAAAGACACAACAAUACUGCUUUGCCUCUUUAGCUUCUUCAACUUCAUAGGCCGUCUCGCUUCAGGUGCCAUUUCUGAGCACUUUGUCAAGUCAAGAACGCUUCCAAGAACACUAUGGAUGGGAGCUGCACAGCUGAUGAUGGUGUUCACAUUCCUCCUCUUUGCCAUGGCCAUCGACCACACAAUCUACCUGGCGACUGCACUUAUAGGGAUAGGCAUGGGGUUUCAGUUCUUAUCAAUCGCCACCAUCUCGGAGCUCUUUGGUCUUAGACAUUUUGGGAUCAACUUCAACGUCAUACUCUUGGGAAACCCGAUAGGAGCCACCAUAUUCUCGGCCCUUCUUGCAGGAUACAUCUACGACAAGGAAGCGGAUAAGCAAGGGAAUUCCACCUGCAUUGGUCCUGAUUGCUUCAGGGUAACGUUCUUGGUUCUAGCUGGUGUUUGUGGCCUUGGAACUCUGCUGACUGUUAUAUUGACUGUGAGAAUUCGCCCGGUCUAUCAAGCUUUAUAUGCGUCUGGCUCAUUUAGGUUGCAGCCGCAAUCAGCUGGUCACUGAUAUAUCCAGGGAAAGAGAGAGAGAGAGAGAAGAUGAUAUUAGAAAAAAAUAAAAGUUAUAGAUAUGCUAUUAUCUACUUUGCAUUGUAUUGUAUUGUAUCCUGCGGCAUGUUUUUUUGGUAGGAUGGGUGUAUUCUAAGAUUUGUAAACUUAUGUUAUUUAGCUGUGAACUGUGGCUUAACCGGCUAAAAACCGGUAGGGAGAACCUUCUGUAACGGCUUAUUGAUCAGGUUGUAAUGUUAUUUGUAUCUGUUUGAUGUGCUUGUAUUAGUCCAUUUUUAACAAAUACAGAGAAACAAAGGAGGUUUGUUAGAACAUCUCCAAUGUAAAAUUUUAUUUUUC